GAUCCCAGAAGCAAGCACAAAUUUAAGAUCCACACAUAUGGGAGCCCGACCUUUUGUGACCAUUGUGGGUCUCUGCUUUAUGGGCUUCUGCACCAAGGGAUGAAAUGUGACACCUGUGACAUGAAUGUCCAUAAGCAAUGUGUCAUAAACGUCCCAAGCCUCUGUGGCAUGGAUCACACCGAGAAAAGAGGAAGGAUUUAUCUGAAAGCUGAAGUCACUGGUGACAAACUGGAAGUAACAGUGAGAGAAGCAAAAAACCUAAUCCCCAUGGAUCCAAAUGGACUUUCAGAUCCAUAUGUUAAACUGAAGCUCAUCCCAGAUCCUAAGAAUGAAAGCAAACAAAAAACAAAAACCAUCCGUUCUACUCUGAAUCCAGACUGGAAUGAGUCGUUCACAUUUAAAUUAAAACCUGCAGACAAAGAUCGACGGUUAUCCGUAGAGGUCUGGGACUGGGAUCGAACAACCAGAAAUGAUUUCAUGGGAUCUCUGUCAUUUGGGGUGUCAGAGCUUAUGAAAAUGCCAGCCAGUGGAUGGUACAAGCUCCUGAAUCAAGAAGAAGGUGAAUAUUACAACGUACCAAUUCCAGAUGCUGAUGAAGAUGGAAAUGCAGAGCUCCGGCAGAAGUUUGAGAAAGCCAAACUUGGGCCAGCUGGUAACAAAGUGAUAACUCCAACAGAAGACAAGAACUCAAAUGUGCCAUCCAACAAUCUGGACAGGGUGAAGCUGACAGAUUUCAACUUUCUCAUGGUUCUUGGGAAGGGCAGCUUUGGGAAGGUGAUGCUGGCAGACAGGAAGGAGACAGAGGAGCUCUAUGCAAUCAAAAUACUUAAAAAAGAUGUGGUGAUUCAGGAUGAUGAUGUGGAAUGUACAAUGGUUGAAAAACGAGUCCUGGCGUUGCAAGACAAACCACCCUUCCUGACACAGCUUCACUCCUGUUUCCAAACAGUUGACCGUCUGUAUUUUGUGAUGGAGUAUGUGAAUGGUGGUGAUCUCAUGUAUCACAUUCAGCAAGUAGGAAAAUUCAAGGAGCCACAAGCAGUGUUCUAUGCAGCUGAGAUCUCAGUUGGGUUAUUCUUUCUCCAUAACAGAGGGAUCAUUUAUAGAGAUCUGAAAUUAGAUAAUGUGAUGUUGGAUUCAGAAGGACACAUUAAAAUUGCUGAUUUUGGAAUGUGCAAAGAACAUAUGUUGGAUGGAGUAACAACCAGGACCUUCUGUGGCACUCCAGACUACAUUGCACCAGAGAUUAUUGCAUACCAGCCCUAUGGGAAGUCUGUGGAUUGGUGGGCGUACGGCGUGCUGCUCUACGAGAUGUUAGCUGGCCAGCCUCCAUUUGAUGGAGAAGAUGAAGAUGAACUUUUCCAGUCCAUAAUGGAGCAUAAUGUUUCCUAUCCAAAAUCACUGUCCAAAGAAGCUGUCUCCAUCUGCAAGGGGCUAAUGACUAAACACCCUGCAAAACGCCUUGGCUGUGGCCUUGAAGGUGAAAGGGACAUCAGGGAACAUGCUUUCUUCAGGAGAAUUGACUGGGAAAAACUGGAGAACAGAGAGAUUCAGCCACCUUUCAAACCUAAAGUGUGUGGCAAAGGUGCUGAAAACUUUGAUAAGUUCUUUACACGAGGACAGCCGGUGUUGACACCUCCGGAUCAGCUGGUCAUUGCUAACAUAGACCAAACAGAUUUUGAAGGGUUCUCUUACGUCAACCCCCAGUUCGUACACCCCCUUUUACAAAAUGUAGCAUGA